UAAUCCACAUUUUUUUUGUUUUUGUUCUUUAUUAUAUAUAUAUAUAUAUUUUUUUUGAGGUUAUUAAAAACAGAAUCUUUCUUCUUCCUUUUUUAUGAUAAUUUUCUCCUGUAAAAAGAAAUUAAAACGACAAAAAUUCAAUUUCAGAUUCCUGAACUUAUUAAAAUCCCGAGCUUAAACCUCUUAGAUUUUUUGCAGUGUUUUCGUUUUGGGAGUUUGAAACCCUAAUCUCUCAUUUCUUUCUAUAAUUUGAGCUCUAUAAAUUUCUGUUCCGAGAAUAUCAAAGCUGGAAUCUUUUUCCUAUUUUCAUAGUCCGGAGGAGCUUGAAAAUUUUAGUGCGAAAAUCCCCAUUUGAAGCUGCUUGUUUUGCGGUCAGUCUGUUUCUCUGAGUUUUAGUCAACACGCAUAAGUUGAGCCUCCUUUGGGAUUUGGGAUUGAGAAAAAAACCCUACUUUGAUUGGAAAUAUGAAGUAUCUGUGAGUUUUCGGAGAAGAAGGUUAAACAAAUUUGUGAAGAUUCUUUACCAAUGAUGUCCGUAGAGAGGCCUUUCGAAGCAUGGGAAGAGGUUCAACGGCACGGUCAGGACCUAGCAGAUCGGCUUGCUCAGGGUUUUACGGGUUUGAUUCAGUCUCAUAUGAAUCCGCCAUCUUUUCCCUGGCCCAAUCCUCAUAAUACAAAGCUCUUCGAUCUUGAAUUCCCGACCCAGAGUUUCGGCAAGAGGGAUAUUGGGUUGCUGGCUGAUAGCUCGGGAAUUAAUGGGGUUUCGGCGAUUUUUGAUAUUGGUAAUAGAAUCGGGCAAGCUGGGGCGGAUUUCGGGGCGUGCUUGAAUGGGAUGGUUCAGCAAAUUUUUAGGAGAAUACCGGUACCAUUUCGGCAAGAGGAACAUGUGAUAGAAGUGCUUCAGAUGGAUAUCAAUAAGAACAGGCAGAGAGCUGAUGCGGGUGUGAUCGUCCAUGAGGAACUGGGACCGUUGACGUUUCGUUUGAAGGAUUUGGAUUCUGUUGAGAAUGAAACUGGCUCUGAUGGAUUGGUGGAUGAAGAAAUUGCUGGCUUUAAUCUCAUGGCGGCUGGCCAUCUUGCUAGGCCCCAGGGGUUAUUCAAUAUCACAUCGACUUACGAUAGUAGAACACGCGAUGUAGAAAGUUCUAUGGUUGCAAGGGGAGACCUAUGGAGGGUCGAAGCAUCGCACAGUAGUUCCACAUCUGGGAAUGAUAAUUCGUCUUUAUUCCUUCUUCAGCUUGGCCCACUACUAUUUGUUCGUGAUGCUACACUUCUUCUGCCUGUGCAUUUGUCAAAGCAACACUUGCUUUGGUAUGGUUAUGAUAGGAAGAAUGGCAUGCAUUCUCUUUGCCCAGCAGUGUGGUCCAAGCACAGAAGGUGGCUCUUAAUGUCAAUGCUAUGUCUCAAUCCCAUGGCUUGUUCAUUUGUUGAUUUACAGUUUCCAAAUGGGCAACUCACUUAUGUAUCUGGUGAGGGGCUAAGUACUAGUGCAUUCCUACCCGUUGGCGGAGGCCUUCUACAAGUGCACGGACAAUAUCCAGGAGAAAUGAGAUUCAGCUUCUCUUGCAAGAAUAAGUGGGGAACAAGGAUAACACCAAUGGUGCAAUGGCCAGAUAAAUCUUUUUCAUUAGGUCUUGCACAAGCCAUGGCCUGGCAGAGAUCUGGUCUCAUGGUGAGGCCUACAGUCCAAUGCAGUUUAUGCCCUACUUUUGGUGGAAGCAAUCCAGGAUUGCGGGCAGAACUUAUUCAUUCAGUGAAGGAGCAACUGAGUUUGAUCUGCGGUUGUUCAUUAGUGACACCUCCUUCUGCGUUUGCAUCCAUAUCAAUUGGCAGGUCCAAGUGGAAUGGAAAUGUUGGGAACUCAGGGAUAGUGUUCAGAGUGGAUGCUCCACUUACAAGUGUUGGUCGACCUUCCUUUUCAGUUCAGAUAAAUGGUGGUAUUGAAUUUUGAUUGUUGGACCUUAAGCAAUUGCUAUACAAAUGUAUAUAGUCUCGUUCUGUCAUACAAUACCACAUGUGAAUAUAUGAAUGUUGUCUUCUGCUAAUUUGACCCAUCACCCCUGUUUUACCAGUAUUGGUGGCCAUUUUAUUUUAUUGUUUUUUUUCCUCCUAA